ACUGCUGUUGUUUUGGAGGAGGUAUCAUCAGCCAAGAACGCCAUGGGCCGAGCGCUGUCUGCCUGGGACUCGUACAAUGACUGCCUUAGCUCCCUUCAGGCUUGGCUUGAACAGGGUUCUGGAAUGCACAGCCAUGGCAACACAUCAAUGGUAACAUCUGAGUCCAUGAGUGAGUGGGGCUCGAGGUAUGCCCAUUUAAAUGAGGUGGGCAAUUUCCUAAUGGAGUCAACAGACCCUCAGACCAGCAGAGGCCUGGCAGACGAGCUGCGGAAACUCAACAAGCGCUGGGCAGAGUUUGUCCAAAGAAACAGGAUGGAAAACACAACAGAGCCCAGUGCAGAUACCCCAGCCAACUUCCAGGACCUCCAAUAUUUGAUCAGAGAGGCUACAAUGAUUCUAAAAGAGCCUCUGGAAGCAAUGGCAGGUCCUUUACGAGUAUACAGGAAACGUUUACAGGUCAGAACAACAGAGAAAUCUGUCAUUUAUUGCGCUUAUUAUUCACUUUCUUUUUUGAUUUCCAUCAGUCAUCAUUUCCGUGGUCUUCAGCUGGAGGGCCAGGUGGUCAUGGAAGAGCAGGACCUGCAGGUUGUAGUGAUGACUAGUCAGAAAACCACUCCUAUCCAGUACCUUCAUGCCUCUGCUAUGCAGAAACGAGUCCAAACUGCAGUGUCCCAGUCCCAGGAAGCUAUUGGUUUGCUCAGUAGCCUGGGCGCAAGAAGGGAGAGAAGCAGAAGCCCUCCGGAAGCCGGUCCUUCAUCAAAGGUCUUCAUCCAGGCUAAAGCAAAACCUCAACACCUGAGACAAUCAGAGACUGGACUGCCAGCUCAUCGGUCAGAAACUAAUAUUAUUUCACAUCAGAGUGAAGAAGCCUUUGUGCCAAAGAUAAUAGUGCAAGAAUACAGAGAAGAAAAGAUGGUGUCUCCACCAAUGCCAUAUACCUAUGCACAAGCUGUAACAGGUACAAGGGUACUUGAAGAGGGACAAACUGAGGCUUGCCAAGAUGCCAAAGCACAACCUCUUGAGAAAAUUCAAGAUACAUGUCCAAUACUCCAGCAACAACCCCUGGAACAGGGUCUUACAAGAAAAUGUGAGAAAGAAAAGCAACAUGCUUUAAAACAUAAACUGGAGCAAAAAGUACAAGAGAAGAAGGAACAAGAGUUCAGUCUAAAACAACCUUGCCAGGAUAAGCAAGAGAAACAAGAGAGUCAUGGUAAAGGCUCUCAGUUUCAAGUUAAACAGCACAAACCUACAAAUGUUAAAGAAGAAACACCCUUUAAACAAAUAGCUGAUGAAAAGGAUACUAUACAUCAGCAACCACCUGCAAAGAAAAAAUCUCUGAGUUCAAAAGAGCUUCAGAGCAGAAAGGCUCAAGCCAUGAAGAACCGCCCAUGGCUUCAGAAAACAGUCCUAGGAGAAAGGAAAAGCCCAGAUUUGUCUCAAAAACAAGGUUCCGCAAAAGAGCCAGUUCAGACUAAACAAAUCAAGGCACAAGUAAAUAGAGAGACAACAAGUUCUGCUCAGGUUGUUUCACAACAUACAUCAACUGACAGGGCACACCCUGAAUCACAGGCAAAGGUGACAAAGCAAACACAAAAACAACAACACCCUGCUGGGAAGGUAGAGCAGCAACAGCAACAAAAGAAGCAGCCUCAAGACUAUCAAAAACAACCACACCCACGUAUAAAACAGACAGAAAAGGAUUUGGGCACCAGGACUAAAUCCCAGGUCCUGUCUUUUACAAAAUCACAAGUUCUAGAUCAGCCAGAGCCUAAUGUUCAGGCUAAGCUGCAGUCAGUGGCCCAGGAUAAUUUCCAGCCCAAAAGUCUGGUUUACUCUUGUGCAGACAGUCAGCAAUCUCCAACCACCAUGCCCCAAACCAGAAUAAGUGAAAGUCAGCCACAGCAGCAAAUACUUCCACAAUGCCACGGUCACCCUCAAACAAGUGUCCUCUGUGGACCUCACCUGCCCCUGCAGGUCCAGGCAGGGUCUCCAGUCCGACCCAUCUCCCCAAUUCAGGCACCGCCAUCAGGUUUCAUCCAGCUUCCUGUGCCUUCCCACAUUCAGCUGCGUAAUCAUCCACAGUCCUGGGCUCCUGUUAGACCUCCGUCUCCUAAGCCACCAACAACUGGCAGGCCUGAAUCCCAUGGUCAGCAAAGCUUAACGCCUUCUCACCCUCAGCCGCAGUUGAAAAAACAGUCUCAGCUCCCUGCUUAUUCUGUGUGCCAGCCUCAGGUCCCAGCAAAUGUGGGAAAUCAAGCUCCAGCCCCACCACCUCAGCCUGUGGCUUAUCGUCAGACCCUUCCCCAGUCAGCUACCCAGGCUCAAAUCCAUCCCCAGCAAAAAUCAAGCCUUCAAACUGAUGCUAUUUCCAUUGGCCAGGUUCAGCAUAUUGUUAAACCAAUAUCUGGGGCGAAUCAGCCUCAAACACAAAUGUACCAUGAAACACAGGUUGGACCUUUAGUCCAUUAUCAGGAUCAAUCAGCACCUGAUCCCACAACUCUAACCCAGCCACCAGUCCUGCACCAUGGUCUUUAUCCUCAGUGUCAACUGCAAGCUUGGCCGCAAGUUCGAGCCUCAACCCAAAUGCCUAUUCAGCAUCUUCAAGCUACAGCUCAACCUUUGCUUUACCCUCGGCCUCAGUUUCCUUCUCAGCAAUGGACAGGAAAACAACAACUACAAAAUCAAGCCAAUCCCCAACUGGAGCCUCCCGCUUCAGAGCUGUACUCCCAGCAUUUUUCUCAAGCUUCACAUUCUCAGGGGUAUUCAGCAACUCAGGCUUUACCUCAGUGGGCUCAGCAAUCGACUCAGAUCAAACCCCAUGGGUAUGUGUUGGGUCCACCCUCCAUUCAGCCUCAAAUAAGUCCGCAGACUCAAUCCUGGACUCAAAGCCUUACUCAAAUCAGUUCCCAGAGCCAAAUCCAACCGAGUCCCCAGACAGGAACUUUUAAAGUACAGAGAGAGCAAGGCCAGACCCAACAAGAGAGCUGGUUUCAGCCACAACGACAGCCCCAGACUUAUCAUCAGCCUGAGUCUCAGACAUAUUUACCAGCUCAGCAUCACGUCCACAUGCAACAUCAAUCUCAGCCCCAGAUGCACACUCAAAUACCCCUACAACUACAACCACCAGACCCAGCUCAUCUUCAGCUCUCUACACAGAACCAACCAUACACUCUUCAAGGCCAGUUCCAAGCUCAACCCCCGAAUCAGCCGCUGCUGCAAAGUAAAAUUCAUGCCAAAACAAGUCAGCGUGAGUCCAAUCCUCCCCUUCAGCAUGGCUCUCCUCAGCCCACAGUCCUGUUGCACCCAGUGAUUGAGAUCAAAAGCGUGUCGCCUCCUCAGCCCAAACCUCUGGCACAAGCAGAGUUCCAUCUGCCUACUGUGUUUGACUUGCCAGCUCAGCCAAAGAGACAGUCGUCAGCCCACUCAACGACAGAAGCUGUAAAUGACCACAAGCAGUUAGCUGCUACAGCAAAAACCAUGCUUAAUGUUGAAUCCUCAGCAAAAGAGAAGGAUCAGAGACAAUCCACAUUUGAAGCUAUGGCACCAUCACAGACAAAGCCCAACGUUCACUCACUACCUGUAACUGGUGUUGUGCCUGCCAUACAACCUACACCUGCACCUCAGGUGCAAAAAAAGCCUGUGGUUCUGUUACCCAGCAAACCUGGUGAAGAAUCUACACAGCAGUCCGACAUAGCAUCAGAAUUUACACCCCAACCAGCAGCUCAGUCACAAAAUCAAUUCAAUGUGCAAUCAGUGCCUGAACUUAGGGCACAAUCACUGCCACCCCCCAAACCCCAGGCCCAGUUCCCGCCACAAACCCAGCAAUCACCAGUGCUGACCAAGGCCCAAAGUUCAACACAGCCCAGGGCUCAAUCAUCACCUCAGACAGGUCCUAAGGCUCAACCAAUUCCACCAGGGACUCCUCAGAUUCAAGCGGAAUCACCGGAUCUCUUAACUAAAGCAUCCUCUCUGGCUCAAGCUCCUUCCCAGGCCUACACAGAGGCCUAUGUGAAGGCCCAGGCCCUGGCCAGGAAUCACUUCGAGGAGGCCAAGCACUGCCUGCAGGCCCACAUCAUGGAAGCCAUCUCUGUCUUCAAAGAUAAGAGAUUAUCAGCGGAGCAAGCGUCAGUAAAGGAGGAGACUCUGAAGACUCUGGACCCAGAGUUGCUUGAGGAGUUCCUGAGAGCAGCCGAGGGCAUGGAGGCUUUUUGUACACACUCUCAACUCAAAGAGAUGGAGUUCUUCACCCAGUCUGUCCAGUCGCAGUGGGAGGCUUGCUUCUCAGCUGACUUUGCAGAGGCCGGGCAGCACUUGGAGGCUCUGAAAGAGCUGUGUGGCACUCUGAGCCCCGCGGACGCUCAUCGCCUGGCUCAGACUCAGCUGAUGGAAUGUGAACAGAGACUGGCUGCCAUUCAGCACCAAUUCAGUGGAGAGCAGGAUUCACCACAGCCUGAUUCAAGGGUUUACCAAGCCUUUGCUGAAGAGGUGAGCACACAGAAGGAAUCUGAAAAACCAAGUGACAAAGUUCAGCUUUCAGCAGAGGUGGCCCAGGCUUCAGUGCAGAAAACCUCUGAGGAGAAGACGGACAUUAAAAAGCAAACGUCUGUGGAGGAAAUCACAAAGAAGGAAGCUUUAGAAAGGUAUGAAACUUGCAAAAGGACUUUGCAAGCUCAUCUGGCUAAAAACGAGCAGAGCUUCAGGGACGUUCCGUCUGACUUCAUCUCCUUGAAAGGACUGCAUACCCGACUCCAAGAAAUACAGUUUCUGAGGCAGGAGACGGAGCUCCUGUGGAGCGAGUACGCCAACCACUGCUCCCACUACUCCCAGCUGAGCGGCGACGCUUCGCUGGAGCAAGAGAAGGCCGAGCUGCUGGAGCUGUGGCGCAGACAGCAGACGGACCUUCAGAGGAGAGGCAGCUCGCUGGGCGCUGCGCUCAGACAGAUUGACUCUACAGAGAACCACAUGGUGGACUUUAAUGAGCGCCUGGACCGCUACCUGAGACAGUCCAAAGAUAUCACUGGCUUCAGCCUGGCCAACACUAACAUCCUGAAAGAUAUCAAGGAGCUCCAUGACAACAUUCAGAGUGAGUUAGACCAGUUGUCACGACUAGACCCUGAAUCCAGCGACCUGGACCCUAGAGAAUGCUUCCCUCUGACUCGAGAAGUUGAGACCCAUAAAGCCAGCCUGGAUCAACUCCGUCAGCAGGUCCAGAAGAGUGAAGCAGCGGCCCGUGCCCUCGACCGAUUCCUCAUCUCGCUACGCAAGGUGGAUGAUGACAUAUCCGGGGUCCAAGGCGCCCCCUGCAGUGAUUCUGUGGUCCUGCAGGACUGCCGCUGCAAGCUAUCUCUGAUCAGACAGAGCAUCGACAGUCUGAAGGAGAAGGCACCUCAACUGGACCUGCUCCUGCAGGGAGCGAGGCUGACAGUAACCAGGGACGGUUCCCCAGCUUCCUGCCUGGACAUGGUGACUGUCCUGCUGAGAAGGCUGGAGGAGGCUGACGAUGGGCUGGCCAGCCAGCAGAGAGGCCUUCAGAGAGAGACUCAAAGCAAAUCUGUCGGCCUGAGGAAGAGGAUGGCACUGGGGGAGCUGACGAGGCUUCAGGAUGUGAUUGAGAAGCAAUGCCUGAAAGAGCCCACCAUGCCUGCCGUGCAGCACACGCUUCGUGCUCUGGUAGACUUGGAGGGCCAGCUCCAGACUCAACAGUCUGAGGUUCAGAGUCUCCGGGAACUGCAGGAGCAACAGGGAGGAGAAGAGAACCUCCUUCAGGACCUGGAAGCUCAGUGGGAAGAAACUCAAAGAGCUUUCUUUGACAGGAAAAAACAGUGCAAUGUCCUGCUGGAGCUUUUGAAGAAGUUCCAGACCUGUCGCAGUCACCUGAGCUCCACUAUUCAGAAAGCUGAGCAGAGCAUCAGCGAUCAGGCUUCCUAUAUGGGCAAGGACAACUUACAGAGAAGUAUAGCAAAGAUGGGUGAUAUGAAGGAGGAGUUGGCUGGUCUUGGAGAGAAGAUGGAAGAAAUGAGGGCUGCUUGCAGACAACUCCAGUCAGAUCUGAAGAAGUUCCCAGACUGCACCGAGAUUCCGUUUGAAGUCGAGGCAGAUACAUUGAUGGACAACUGGCUAGACGUAACUGAAAAGACAGAUGGCUGUAUGGAUAACCUUCGCGUGGGGCUGGAACUGUGGGAGAAGCAGCUGAUGCUUGGAGCCGAGGUGGACAGCUGGGCUGGAGCUAAACUCGCCCUGUUUGCAGGAGGCAAUCCCUUCCACAAUGAACCACAAGUUCUUGCCAUGAGAGUAAGAUCUGACUCUUGA